AUGACGAUCGAAAUGCAGUACAGAUUUGGUGUGUUGAUGCGUGACUUCGAAAGUGAUUCGAGUGUGUCAGCUGUAAUAAUAAAGGGGAAUGAAGCUGGCUUUAGCGCUGGAGGCGAUGUUGUCCAAUUCGUGCUAUCACUGCAGAAUGAUAAGAAGUUCUUCUACGAAUGCGGAAUUGGAUUUUACCGCGGACUGUUACGGUUAUCCGAAUAUAAGAAACCUGUGAUUUCACUCGCAGAUAAAUUAUGUAUGGGUGGAGGAGCAGCAGUAACAUUCUUAUCGAGCCACCCGGUUGUCACUGAGCGUACAAUGUUCGCUAUGCCGGAAGUCUUCAUCGGAUUUUUUCCAAACGUCGGAGCAAAUUAUUUUCUGAUGCAACUGCCGAACAACUUCGGAAUGUGGGUCGGUUUAACAGGUGCAAGGUUUAUUGGAUCGGAUAUUAUCAAUCUCGGUCUGUCGAAAAAUUAUGUGAGAUCGACCGACAUGGAUACACUAGAGGAUGCACUCAUCAAUCUCGAACAGGCGAAUUUCGAAACCGUCUCGCAGACAAUCGCUCAAUUCCAACAGAAAUGUGAUAAAUGGUCGAUCGAACCCAAUAACGUGAAGCAGCUGUUCGGUGGCAGUUCUGUGGAGGAGAUUGUGGAAAAUUUGAAAGGAGAUGGCACCGAGUUCUCGUCGAAAAUUCUGAAAACAUUUUCAAAUCUAUCGCCAACUGCACUCAAAUUCACAUUUAAUUUGUUACGGGAAUCACAUCUAAGACAGUACAGCAAGAAUGAGGCGUUUUCUGCUGACUUUUCCUUGUACAAAAAUUUUUACGGCGACACGGAUGGCAACGAUUUCAGCGAAGGAGUACGGUCGGUGUUAAUCGAUAAAAAGCAUAAACCGAAUUGGAUUCCGAAAACGUUGGAGGAGGUCGACGACAAAAAACUGAUAUCGUAUUUUACCACAAAUGUUAUUGAUAUUCGGGCGAGUAGUCCAUGA